AUGAGUCCAGAACGGCCUUCUAUGGCGAGUGGAAACACCAGGUCCUCCAGAAAAAGUGCAUCCUCGACUUCAGCAUCUGUGAAAUCCUUCAGUCCAGAGAGACCAGAUUUAUCGACACGUAAAGACAGCCUGAUUGGAGGAAAAGGUGCGUCUCCGUCUCUUUCCUCCAUGAGUCCAGAACGACCGUCUAUGGCGAGUGGCAACACACGACACCCCAGGUCUGACAGAAGAAGUGCCUCCACAACGUCUCCAUCUCUGCAGUCGUUCAGUCCAGAACGCCCCGAUCUAUCCACACAAAAACACAGGAAUGUACUGGAACCUUUCAGUUGUGGAAAACAUGCGACAGAAGACGAAGAUCUGGCGCUUCCCCAACUAAUGGAAGAAUGGACAAGAGAACAUGUUCGAGACUGGCUAAUAACUCAUCUUCGGAUCUCGCAGAAGGUUGCCGAGAGUCUCUACGACCAAGAGACCUCAGGAGCGUGUUUAAUGUCCUUUGAGAAGCAGGACCUUCUAGAGUUAGGGGUUCCUCCAGCUCCGGCCCUACAGAUCUUACGACAGGUGGAAAAGUUCCACAGACGCUCUGAGCCCAGUGCACGACAUCAGGACCAAGACUUAGAGAGAAUUACUGAGGACAGAGAGGAGACCCAGACAGUGACCACAGAUUCAGGAUUUCACAGUGAAAGUGCAUCCGUAGAGCAGGAAGUGAGAGAUGUGGUUGAAGAACCGAUUAUAGAGAACUCUCGUGAACAUCUCCAGGUGAAAUCCCUUUCUCCAGUGAAGCGGCCGGUGUGCGCAUUGCGGCCUUUUGACAAGAGCAAUGCCCCAGUGUUUUACACACACCAUCACUUCCUCCCCGCUGUCACAGGACCCAGUAAUCUUUUAGAACCCGUUCAUGAAUACCUGCUUUUACCAGAUCCUGAAGAAAUGAGCCAAAAAGAGGUUCUGUUUGAGUUCACCAACGAAAUGUUUUGUUUUGCUGCAAGCUGUAUGAACUCACGCACCAAUGGAACGAUUCAUUUUGGAGUAACGGAUGAACCAGGCGAGGAACAUGGUCAAAUAAGAGGCCACAAAAUCAGCUCUGAGCGUCUCUACAGCGAGGUCUUUGAAUCACAUGUGAGUAAAUACUUUGAUCAGCUGCACAUCAACACUGCCCGAAGCUGCAUCCGGCCUCCUGUGUUUGUCCAAGUCCAGUGUGAAGACGGAACAGCUUCAGACAAGUGGGUGAUCGAGGUGGACGUGGUCCCUCACUACUCACUGACUCAAGAGAACGUCUUCUACACAAUAUUGAAAAUCCCAUCCUCACAGAAACAUCUGCAGAAGUCCAAAAUCGAAUGCCUGUUUGUGCGAGAAGGGUCCAGAAAAGUGAAUAUUUUGGCAGAUCCAAAUCCACGUGUGUUUCAAGAUAAGAUCAAAGAAAUCCAAGAGAAAGUGAAGUGUUGGGCAUCAGCUCGCAGAGCAGCAGAGGAGAAGCCUGAGCCUGCAGUUUCCUCUGAGCACCAAGGUCACCGACUGAAGCAGCUCAUCACCCGAGGACAGGAUUCUCUCACAAACUCUAUUCAAGUCGUUGUUGUUACCGACAAAUGUCAUAAGAGUCAACUGGAGUUCAUGGACUUCUUGAAAGAACUGAAUCUGUUUUCAGUUUUGGAUUUUGAUCCAGAGUCUGACAUGAAUGGAACAUGUCAUUUAUACAGAAGUGAUCGUGCUGCCAAUCUACAUUUUCCACACAUGUACACGAGUCAAGACAGAACUUCAGUAAUAGCAAAGUUAAAUCUGUUCAAACAGACGAGCUGGGUCUUCUGCAAUGGCCAAGCAGGUGAAGAGAGCGACUCUGAGAGGCCACUCACUCCCAGCGAGUGGCUGAAGAAACGCUCUGGUGACAUCAACAGCAUGGUCUCCUUUCUCUGCAGCCCUGACCUGCUUCCCAAGCACAGAUUACUGAUCCUCAUUUUUAUUCACUCUCCUGUUUAUGACAUCUCAAGUCCUGUCCUAGAAACCUUCUGUGCUUUGUAUCGCUCUUUAGAAGGAAUGGACAACAUGCUUUGCAUUUGCAAAGACUCUGAAGUCUUCAGAGAGUGGAAGAAGUUGGUGGAGAUACGCUGCAAAGAGGACAUCAGCAAUAAAUGCAUCUACACAUUGAGUUUACACGAGAUCUCCAGCACCAUAAAGAAACUAAAGGAGCCUCAAACUCGUGCUUCCAGAAGGUUCUUGCCUUCCACUGGUUCUAGUUCAGUCCUGCUGGAAAAGAAAGAAGAGGAGAUGAUGACGGAUUUGGAAAUACUGUGUGAAAAUGAAUGUGACAAAACAGAAAUGGAAACAAAUACAUUUUUCGAAGAGUUUAAGAAAAACAUAGAGGAGGAGUUUUACAGGGGAGGCCAAGUGUCAUGGUGGAACUUCAACCUUGCAGAGCAACGGGGCAGUCUGCCUUUCAUCAAACGAGACAAAUAUGACGAACUGCACCAACUCAUCUGUCCCGUGCAGAGCUACACCUCUCCAUGUGUGGUGGUGUCACUGUUCCACCAUCCAGGCUGUGGGGGGACCACUUUAGCCAAGCAUAUACUAUGGAGCUUGAAAAGCAAAUUCAGGUGUGCAGUUGUGAAAAACCAAAUGGCAACAACUAAAGAGAUAGCUCUGCAAGUUAGAACACUGCUCACAUAUGGAAAACAAGAUCAGCCCGGAUACACUCCAGUUCUCCUCCUUGUCGACAACUGGUACGAUAUUGGAGACUUAAAACAGUGUAUUAUCAGUGGCGCUACAGACAGAAAUCAGCCCAACAUGGUUGUCAUAUUGAAUUGUGAACGAACACAGUUUCCUGAUGAAGCAUCAAGACACAGUGACCAUCCAAAUGUGUUCAUCAGUGCCAAGCUUUCAUCCAAAGAAAAGGAUUUGUUUUCUGAGAAAUAUCAGGAACUCAAAGACAACCACGACAAACCUGACACUUUCUAUGCUUUCAUGAUCAUGAAAAACGACUUCAGCAAAGAUUACAUCAGUGAUUUAGUGAACAACAUUCUCAAAGAUCUUGACGUUGGGUCACAACAGGGAAGACUUUUGUCUUUCUUGGCUCUGCUGAACACGUACGUCAACGGGUCCUACAUGUCCCUCUCUUUGUGCGAGGAGCUGAUGGGGAUUAGAAACCCACUUUGGAGGCAGGAAACUCUGGAAGAUAAAAUGAACCCGUAUUCCACACUCUUGAUCACUUUCACAGUUGAGGAACAUGGCACUUAUCAAGCAAGAGAAGGCACUCGUUCCAACCUGCCUGAGCUCUAUUACCUCUGCAUGCUGCUGAUGUGGCCGUCCAGAGACCAAACCCUGAAGCAUUUCACAGAGUACAACAACAUCAGCACCUACAUAAGAUCCGCCAAAAGAUCCUUCCAUAAACGCUUCAGCUUCAUCUUUCCAUCCAGGAGCGCCAUCGCUCACUUCUUUCUUGGGAAAUCAAACGGUUUAGGACGAAUAGUUAGCAAAGCAAAGCUCGACCAAAUAUUGCAGGAGUCAAAAUCUACAGACCAACUGAAAACCCUUUGGCAUACUGGAUUGGUGUGGGGUGACCCUGCUAUCCAAGAGAAGUUGUUAAGAGUUAAAGGCAGAUCUGAAAAUGGUGAUAUUUAUGUCACUUAUGGCACCAACAUCAAAAUAAUGAUCCGUCCUGCAUAUCUCGGGGAUAUCCGCAGUGGCUACAGUCGAGAAGACGUUUCCUUUUACAUUGGCUUCACCUUGGAAGGUCCUGUGGCCUACGGAGUCAAAUAUGAAAACUAA